AUGGCCCGACCAACUCAUCUAUUGACUACAAGUUUCCUCUAUCCUACUGGUAACACUCCAGCAGUGUGUCUUACACAUUCUCUUCCUCCAGAUCAGGAUGUGUCUCUGCUUCUUCUUGGAUGCGGUGAUGUCCGCAAUGUGCUUUUCACAGCAUACUCGGAUCUAGGCUCUGGAAAUCGAAAGGUAGAUGUUACCUGCUGUGAUUUAGAAGCAGAGAUCAUAGCCCGCAAUAUGCUACUGUACACUCUCAUCCUUGAUGAUCUAAACAACGAGAACGUUAAACAUAUUUGGAAUAUCUACAAUGAUGUCCUGAUCAAUACCACUGCACUCGGGCUAUUGCAAGCUCAAGCAAAGAAACUAGUUGAGAAUACCCAUAAUAUUGCAGACUGGAAUAACGGCAAAUAUGGCAAAAUACUUCGGUUCUGCACAAAUGCUAGCUUUCUCCAAGUUAUGCAUUUGUGGAGAUUUUAUGCAUUAGACCCUUCAGAUGAACAAGCGUUCAAACAUCAACAGAGAGAGCUCAAGUUAGCAACUCAGAAAGCAAAAGAACUGCAGAGCCAAAUUAUAGGGGAAUCUAUGGUUGGCACUGGCUGGCGCUCUGCCGCGCCCUGCAACUUUAGAGAAGCCGAAGAAUGCUCCAAGUUCUAUGAACAGUUUUGGAAAGAAGGAACUACCAUACCAAAUGUGAAGUCUACAGCCAAGGCACUCUAUAUGAACCCAAUGUUUGGAACACAAAAUAAACGCAAAGUACUUCAUUACGGUACUCAGCCAUUACUAGGAUAUCAUCUUGCCACCGCAUACACGCCCAUAACUGAAGGUUCACCUUUGAAUUAUGUUUCGGAUGACUUAGGAGAUGCGCCCACCGCGGUGAGGGCAGCGUUUGCCCAGUUUUGUGCCUAUGCAAAAGCAUUUCGCACUGUUUCUACGCAGUGGGUAGUUCGUUUUGUCUGCGCUGAUGCUCUUGUGUUUUGUCAUACGCUUCAGGGCCUAGGGGUUUAUGGGAUGGAGAUUCGUCCGGAGCAGUAUUGUCAUAAUUGGUCCUUUGAGCCCUUUAUCCUAGACUCGCAUGAAUAUUCUGAUCAACGAGGCGGAGCUCCAACAUCCUUCGACUUGAUUGAUACAUCAAACUUGGUAGAUCAUCUGGGAGCUCUAAACGUUUUAACUGCGGCGAGUCCAUUGCUGAAGCCAAAACCCACGUCGACAAUAUGCACAGAACUAUUAGUUCUUCGCCAUAAAAAUACAGAUCAAUACGUUAAAUCUCUAUUGUCAGGGGAUAUGAUAACUAUUGGCUUGUUAUUUAAGCUCACCCCGCUUCAGUAUUGGACCGGCGCAAGUGUGUCAUCAAAUCUCACUGAGAGAAUCCUCGGUGAUGAGACUGGGAGCCAAGCCCGCUAUAUCGUGCGAUGGACCAGGGUGGUUGCAGACCCUAUUACCCUAGAGCCAAAGCAGCUGUCUAGGCUCAUAUACCAAAUGUACCUCUCUAUUUUCAAGGAUGAGAAUCCCAUGAACCUCCUGAAAUUGAAUGAGGAAAGAACCUUGCGGGUUGAAUAUACAACCUACACGAGGGCCAGUUUCUGUUUCAUUUUGGAAUUGAUGCAAAAAUCGAACAUCGUCGAUUGGCCAGCUUUCAUCAGCGCAUGUUGUGAUUUGAUAACCGAAGACUCUAAUCUUCUUAUGGGCGCUCAUUAUCUUCAGGGGUUCUAUUUGCAUCUUUAUCUUUCAGGUUUGCAUACAAUGCCAAACUUUGCACCGGAUUUGGGUGGAAGAAUUGUUGAAUUACCGAAUAGUCCAUUUAAGGGAUGGACUACUAUUCCUCCGAUAUUAUCUAUUACACUGGUAAUCCCUCGUGAGAAGCUUGCAUUAUUCGGGGACUCGCCUGUGCAGAAAUAUGGAACACCAGCUUGCCACAUUAUGUUGGAGCUCCAAGGUGGACAGAGCAUUUUCCCAGAUGUUCAGCUGAGUUUUGGGAGAAUACAAACAUCGGGCAUGAAAUUCACGGAAAACUACGCCCUUAAAGUUAGUGUUGAUGAGGGAGGAUGGGACGGUACUUCGCCCCUAAUUGCUUCUGUGAUGGUUCCUACAUCAGUGAUCCUUUUAACCCCAUCUUUGGCAACUGAGGUUUCAUUUGGGCUGAAAACAACUCCCGUGACUCUCAAGUUAUUAAAAGACUUAGGAAUGAACCUGAAGAUUCAUGAAUCAACAGUUCGUGGUAGCGAUGUUUUUAUAACCAAGCAUCGCCCGAAUAUGACUGGAGAUAUUCCACUGAGGAGCAGAGAGGUGUCUAUAAACCCACCAAAUCUUCCUGGAUGUAUGGAAGGAACAGACCUGAAAUUCCAUGUGCUGCUUGAUCCUGAAAAUUCAAAGGCCAUAUCACUCACUAGUAGGGUCGACAUCACACGCCCAAGUUACCAGGAUAUACUACGGAAGGGUGCCGAAGUCCUUGUGGAACAAAGUUCUCCAUACAAAAUCACAAUCAGGCUCCGAGGAGAACAUUUUCACCUGAAUAUUAAUCUGCCGCUCCCUAUCCAAAUGGUGAAUACCAAAACUAGGGUCGCUCGAAAAUCGUCCUACAUUGAAUUCAUUGCGCCAAUAGCCUCGCCCGGAUCUCUUGCACGACACACUGAUAAUGUGUUUCCGAUUGAAGUCUAUGAAAAUAUUCCCAUAUUGCGAAAUUUGGAUUACACUGCACUGGACAGAUUGCCUAUCAUUGACCUGAGGAAUAAAUCGAAGCUAAUGUGGCUGAAGUUACUUUUAACAGAUAUGUUCUCUGCCAGGGAACUAGAUCUAAGAAAAAAGCACCUCACAUCGUCUGAUUGCAGAGAUGUACGAGUGAAUUUUAAGGAAUCUCUCAACACAUUAUUUGGCUACUUCAGCGGCGUCGGUGUCCAGUCCAGGUGUACAGUUUUUGGCCUUGACAAUGAAGCGUCUGGUGGAGUGAACGUACUGAUUUUUAUCUCCUGUUUGCGACUAGAGGCUUCGAAUCAGAGCGUUGUCCUUGACGGGGCGGUGGUUCCUCUGACCAUGGAACUCGUACCGAAGAUACGCUCAGCCCUUAGUGACUUGGUCGAAAGAGGUAUGAGGACAGUCCGUGUUGACGAUGAUGAGCUUCUCCUUUGGAAACAUACUUUGCCAGCUUUUGUUGAACGUUGCCGAACAUGGAAGCAUUUGCCGUCGUGUGAGUAUAGAUCCACCAGCAAGAUACCUCUUUCUAUCGGCUUCGCACAACCAGUUCUUUGCUCGUGCGGCCAAGGCAAAUUCCCUAGCGGCUAUGGAAUAAAUGACUGUCGGGGGUGGAAAGAUAUCAAAAAAUAUGCGGUUCGCGUCGCCAUAUCCCCUUGCUACUCCGUCCCGUUCGUGGAGGAAGGAUUCAUGCCCAGUAUGGCAAACAAGGAUACAACCACGCCAGGUAUUUCCUCGACGAUGAAAACGUUAGCUGUGAAGGAGGAGGCCUGCUCAAAUUGCGGAGGGACAAAACCUGGAAGUGGAACAAAGCUACUCAGGUGUAGUGGCUGCAAGGUCACAAAAUAUUGCUCAAAGGAAUGUCAGAGAGAGGAUUGGCGGCUAAAACAUAAACUUACUUGCAAAAUGCAGGCUCAACUGAACUGA